CAGGAUGUACCGCUAGACAGUUCAGCCAUGGAUCCGGCAGCCGAUAGUGCGAUUGGGCGAAGCACUUGCACUCAGUCGCCGCAGGCGAUGAUCUCGAAAGCCUUCGUUCUUGGAAUCGUGGAGUACGCGAACUGGGGACGGUUGGAAGGUGCAGGGGCGGAUGCGAAACAGGCAAACAAGUUCCUCGGCGAUAUGGGCCACGGAGAAGCCACCACAGUUCUGAGUGGUGAGGUGCCGCAGCAGAUCUUGUGUCAAGCGCUGACGACAUGGGUUCGGGACAUCCCCCAGGCGACACACGGUCAACAGCGGCCCGUUCUGAUCGGCUUCUUCAGUUGCCAUAGCAUGACGAAGCCGAACGGUUUCCCCCUCCUACUUGCGUCCGAUGCCCCACGGAAAGAGGAUGUUUCUGAGGCUGAGGCUGUACCGGCCAUUGAUAUUGAAGAACAGCUAAUUGCGCCGAUCAACAAGAUCCAGCUAGACGGGGAACGUUGGCUGCGUGUGAUCUUGGUUUUUGAUUGCUGCCUGUCUCCAUUUCAUGGUGCCUUACAUGACACCUGGACGAGUAGGGGACCUUCUGCUUGCCCUCCCAGUGUCCAUGACUUCUAUUUCCUCUUUGCUUGUGAUCCUGGCCUUGAGGCAGCGGAGAGGCCCAAUGGGGGUGCCUUAAUGAAAGAACUGAUGCCUCGCUUGCGGCAGCAGCUGCCUAUUGAGCAAAUCUUCAAUGAGGUAGGGGCAGAGUUGGCGCGAAAGUCCCAAGGUUCGCGCCUUCGCAUGUCGCAGCGACCCUGGACCAUGUACCGCCUGUCCGAGACGGGCCUUGUCCUAGCCGAGCCCAUUGUCAUCCUUCUUGUGGGUGAGACAGGCUCUGGAAAGAGUACUUUGGGCAACGCGCUCUUGGGAAAGACGAGCUUUAAAGUGUCACGCAGCAUGGUCUCCGAGACGCCUGGGUUACAGCAUGCCGAUGCAAAGGUUGGAAACCAGACUCUGAGAGUCUAUGACACUCAAGGCUUUGGAGACAAUCGCGAUGGGCAGGUGGUUGGCGAACUCUUUCCAGCCUCCGGGGGAGUCGAUGCCAUCCUCUUCGUGAUGCGGUUUGGCCGCUUCACCCAGCAUGAUCUCGAAUUGUUGGCUCAGUUCCAGAAAAAAACGCAGACACCGCCCGAGCGCAUGCUGCUAGUCUUCUCACAGGCCCUUGAGAAGGCCGAUCUUUCGCCAGAGCUGUUUAGAAAGGAGGUGGAGUUGUGGUCUGAGCAAUGUGUUCCCUUGCGAGCUGCGCUCACACAAGUUGCUGGCAUAAUGGCGACGGAGUGCGGCUCCGUUCCAGGGCAACGAAAGGCUCGAGACCGUGUUUGGGAGUGGAUGCGCAGGCAUGCGCCAGCAUACAAUCUGAAAAGCAAGCUGCACGUCGCCGAAGUUUCGACAGCGGGGAUGGCCGAAGACGGGCUUCGAAAGAACAUAUCGUUUCCAGCUAUCGGCGUGCGGGGACCAGCUCACAGGGACGCUCUCCCUAAACAGCACGCUGUCAGUCAGAGGUUGUCACCAGAAGAUCAGAGACAUCUGGAGCAGUCCGGUUCGAAGCCUGCAGACAGCUGCGUGAGGCCAGGCCGGGAACACCUGUUUCAAGGUGUGACAGAAAGCUUCAGGGCCGUGGGUGACGCUUUCGCAGAUAUGGACGAGGUCAGGCAGAACGUCCCGGCCCGGAUGUUCGUGUCGGCCUGGAGAACAGGGGUUGACGUGCUGAGCGAACGUCAUCAAAACCAGGCAGAACCGGAACGAAAGCAUAAGCGAGCUACAGACUACCAGUAUAUGAGGGAGCUCAAAGAGUUGGUGGCCAUGGGUUUCAGGGAGGGCGAUGCCCACGGCGCGUUGGAAGCAACGGGGGGCAAUAUCGAAGCGGCUGCAAACAGACUCUUGGGCUAG